AUGGUGUGCGAUGGUCCAGAUCCUCCAGAAAAUGCUCCGAAUGACAUGACUCCGCCUCUUAGGCACGAUCUAGUUAAUGGUAAUAACCACGAUGAAAGUGACGACGAACAAACUGAAUAUUUUGGUUACGAACCACUUCCCCAAGGACCAGAUGGAGCUAUAAUGGAUUUUAACGAUAGUGAAGAUGAAAUUGAGAAUACAGAAGAGCAACAGGUACCUAUACAAAAUGUGCCCAAUAUAGAACCAGUAGAAAAUACACUGGUUAGGGAAGUAUGGAGUACUCCAAGAGCUGCAGAUCCAAUACAAAUGGAUAAUGAAAGGGUCCAACAGGUGAUGUUGGCAAUGGCUAAUUUUGCUUUACCAGAAGCGUCAAUCCCGGAAUGGGCACAAAGUAUAUCAGAGGAUCAAUGGAAACAAACUCUAAAUGACAGAUUAGAGAGAUUAAGAAGUAAUAGA